ACAAACCCCUCAGGCCCUAAAAUAGAAAUUGGCUUUCUUCCAUUGACCAUUUUGUUCUAACAGUCUCUGAUCACCACUCCUGGGGCCAACCCAAGGCCAAAGUGAUGGGUGAGAAUGGAGAUACCAGUGCCUUCAGCAUCUCCUACACCAACUUCUUCCUGGUGGGCUUCCCUGGAUUGCGAGAGUGGCAGCCCCUCCUGGUCCUGCCUCUUACCUUCCUUUAUGUGACGAUCAUCUCUGCAAACGUCCUGGUCAUCCACACGGUGGUGGCCCAACGGAGUUUGCAUCAACCCAUGUACAUGCUCAUCGCCCUGCUCCUGGCUGUCAACAUUUGUGCUGCCACAGCCGUGAUGCCCAAAAUGCUGGAGGGCUUUGUGCAUUAUGCUAACCCCAUGUCACUGCAUGGCUGCCUGGACCAGAUGUUCUUUAUCUACUUUUCUCUCCUGGACUACAAUAUCCUGCUGGCCAUGGCCCUAGACCGCUACGUGGCCAUCUGUCACCCACUCCACUAUACUGACCUGAUAACUUCCCGCCUGCUGGGAGUGCUGGCCAUUCUUGCUCUGACACGGAGCCUGGAAGUGGCAGUGCCUUUGGUGGUGCUAACGUCACGAGGUCGAUUCUGCCAGACAAUGGUGAUUCGACACUUUGCCUGUGAGUACAUUGCACUGCUGAGCAUAGCUUGUGGAGACUUGACUUUCAACAAUGGGUUGGGACUGACCAUGCGGUUGGUCACUGUGACCUUGGAUCUAGCCCUGCUAGGGACCUCCUAUACACGCAUCAUCUAUGCUGCCUUCUGGAUCUCUUCUGGGAGAGCCCGAGCCAAGGCCUUGCACACAUGUGGCUCCCACUUACUGGUCAUCCUCACUAUCUACCUCUCUGGUCUCUCUACCUCCAUUGUCUUCCGAGUGGCCAAGACUGUGUCUCCGGAUGUCCAGAACCUGCUCAGUGCCAUCUACUUGCUACUCCCAGGAUCCUUGAAUCCUAUCAUUUAUGGAGUACAGACCAGGGAGAUCCGGCAACAUGUGGAAAAGAUGCUCUAUGGCAAUAAAUCAGCCCAGGAGGUUGGGGAGAAGCCAGAGACUACAGAAUAUGAGAGUGGAGGGGCAACUGCCAGAGUGAAAGGACUUUAUCAACUUGGGAAGUUGGGCUUGUGACUUCUGGGAAUAAGAAAUAAGCAGGCAUCACUGAAGGACAGGCUGAAAUCGUGAGAUUAUGGGCUCAAGGGAAGGCCCGUUGUUAGCCAACUACCACUUUUUUUUUUUUAAUUUUUUUUUUCAACGUUUAUUUAUUUUUG